AUGGCAUGUGAGAUUCUCCAAAUGGGCAUUCGAUUCAGUGCUCCAACCAGUCACCAUGAAGAAGUGAAUUUGGGAGGAAGUGAAGGCACUCAUAGAGAAUCAGUGGCACAUCAUGGUGCUGAUAUGGGGAGUUCGAGUGGUGUUCCUGUGAGAGGCACCAAUUCUGGAACCAGUGGUCUCUUCACACUCUUCAGGGGAGAUCAACAUCGAACAAACUCCUUCUCAGGUGUAUCCCCAGAUCGAGGAAGCAGACAGUCACAUCUGUCAUUCCCACCCUUUCGCUCAGCAACCUUUAGUGAUCCUGAUUCUCCUGGUUCCUCUAUCCCAGCUGAUGAUGACGUAGUGGUUACUUCCACAUUCAGAGGUUUCUCGUUCCUUCCACGACACAUGGUUGCUGCUCAUUCCCUACCUGCUCACUUUUGGCCACCUGCAGAAGGAGUCCGAUGUCCAGUCUGUGAUGAUCUUGUGCCGCUUGAAGACCUGGAAACCCAUCUAGUUGGGUGCUUGGGGAGGUCUCGUUUGGAAUACAAUGAGGAUAUCCUGACAGAAGAAAAGGGAGAAUGCAUCAUAUGUCUGGAAGAUCUGGAAGCAGCUAACCUGAAACCAGUAAAAUUGAAGAGCCAAGAGGGAAAUGCCUACGAUGAGGGUGCAACUUCAAUUACGAAGCAAUGGAUAGCAGCUAAGUUUGGGACAAGAAGCUACGAUGCGUCUCUUGAAGAGGUGAAUGGGGUUCUACAAGAGAUACCAAACGGGGAUAUGGUUUUCCUGAUAGGGGACUUCGAUGUUCUUGUUGUUGAGUAG